UUCCCAAAAGCCGGGGAGGGCAUCUGCAAAACUCGCCGUUCUCUAAGGAAUUUCGGGGGAUACGUAGUGCCGGACCAGGGCCGUGGACACUGUGUCCGAGAUCUUGCAGAGAUGUGAAAACUCCCUUAAAGCCGCAGGUGCCGCGCAGGGCAUCCUGGGAGAGUCAGCGGCCCCGCAGCGGGAACCGCAGCCCGGCGACCCUGGAACCUCCCAGGACUCACUGAUGAUGUAGAACAGGGAGCUCUGGAUGGUGAAGAGAGAAGAGACAGACAGUAGCAAAGGACCCAGGUACAAAACUGCAAGAAGAAGAAACUCCGAGAAGACCAAUAGGGAGAAAUGGCUGGUUCUCCAAUAAAUACAUUCCAGGAUCUGUUCACAUUCCAUGAUGUGGCUGUGGACUUCUCUCAGGAGGAGUGGGAAUGCCUGGACUCUGCUCAGAGGGCUUUGUACAUUGAUGUGAUGGUGGAGAAUUACAGCAACCUGGUUUCUGUCGGUAUUAUUGUGUGCAAGACAGACCUGGUCCCCUGUCUGGAGCAAAUGUGUGUACUCUGGAGUAUGAAGAGAGAAGAGAUGGUGGCUAAACCAGGUAGAGAGAACUAUCGAAUGUGCAGUGAAUCUGAGAAGGUCUUGGAUCAAGACUCAAAGAGUAUCAUCUAUGAGCAUGUGGAUAUGCAGUGGAAGUCUAGUGAAUGUAAUGAACUUGGCAAAAUGCUUCAUGAAUCCUCCGGAUGUAUACUUUGCAAAACAAAUACUACUCCAGAAAUCUGCAACAAAUACAGAUUUGGUAACCACAGGGAUGCCUGUAUUGAAUCAGCAAACCUCAGUAGACAUAAAGGUAUGCACACUGGAGAAGAACCUUGCAAAUAUAAAGACUAUGGCAAAUCUUUAAGUUUAUUUUCAAACAUAAGUCAGAGUCAUGGAAUCUACAUAGGAGAGAAAGAAUAUAAAGAAUAUGAUAAAACUUUUGGCUCUACCUCCAAACUUGUACAGCUAAGAAUCCAUGGUGGAGAAAAACCACAGAAGUGUAGGAAAUGGAGAACAGGAUUCAGGACCUGCUCAAGCCUUAGUACACAUCAAAGAACUUAUAUUGGAGAGAAACCAUGGAUAUGCACAGAAUGUGACAAGGCCUUUAGGUGGUUGUCAGAUCUUAAAACCCAUUACAAAAUCCAUCCUAGAGAAAAACCUUUCAAAUGUAAGGAAUGUGACAGAUCUUUUACCCUCUGCUCUUCUCUUAGGGAACAUCAGAACAUCCAUGAGGGAAAAUUGUACAAAUGUUGGGAAUGUAACAAAUCCUUUACCCGGUGCUCAUCUCUUAGAGCACAUGAGAAAAUUCACACUGGAGAGAAACCUUUCAGAUGUAAGGAAUGUAUUAAGUCCUUUUAUAUGCUGUCCCAGCUUAGAAAACAUACCAGAGCACAUACUGGGGAGAAACCAUACAAAUGUCAGGAAUGUGACAAAUCUUUUACUUACUCCUCAUCUCUUAGAGAACAUCAGAACAUGCAUGCUGGAAAACUAUAUAAAUGUCAGGAAUGUGACAAAUCCUUUACCCGGUGCUCAUCUUUUAGAGCACAUGAGAAAAUUCACACUGGAGAGAAACCUUUCAAAUGUAAAGAAUGUGGUAAGUCCUUUUACAUGUUGUCCCAACUUAGAAAACAUGCCAGAACUCAUACUGGAGAGAAACCAUACAAAUGCAAGGAGUGUGAGAAAUCCUUUACCCAGUGUUCAACCCUUAGGAUACAUCAGAAAAUUCACGCUGGAGAGAAACCCUACAAAUGUAAAGAAUGUGGUAAGUGCUUUUAUAAGUUGUCAUACCUUAAAGUCCAUUACAGAACUCAUACUGGAGAGAAGCCUUACCAAUGUAAAGAAUGUGGUAAGGACUUUUCCCAGUCAUCCUGUCUUAAAAGCCAUGAAAGAAUCCAUACAGGAGAGAAACCUUACAAAUGCAGCGAAUGUGACAAAUCCUUUACACACUGCUCAACUUGUAGGAGACAUCAGAGCACUCAUGCUGCAAAGCUCUACAAAUGUGAGGAAUGUGACAAAUCCUUUGCCAAACAGUCAUCUCUCACAACACAUCAGAAAGUCCAUGCAGGAGAGAAACCUCAUGCUUGUGAAGAAUGUGGUAAGGCCUUCUAUCAACUAUCACAUCUGAAAGUUCAUUACAGAAUCCAUACUGGAGAGAAACCUUACAAAUGUGAUGAAUGUGAGAAAUCGUUUACAAAAUGUUCAUCUCUCAGAACACAUCAGAAAAUCCAUGCAGGAGAGAAACCUCAUGCUUGUAAAGAAUGUGGCAAGGCCUUCUAUCACUUAUCACACCUUAACAUCCAUUACAGAAUUCAUACCGGAGAGAAACCUUACAAAUGUAGUGAAUGUGACAAAUCCUUUACCACAUUGGCAAACCUUAGAAGACAUCACAAAAUUCAUACUGGGGAGAAAACUUUCCAUAGUAAAUAAUAUGGUGUAUACUUUUUCCAGAGUGCUGUCCUUAGGGACAACUGCAGGCUCCACCCCAAAGAAACAUUAUGAACAUGAGAAACCUGGGAAGGCCUUUACGGAAUGUUUAAAUCUUAGAAAACAUCAAGAAUUUAUAGUGAGGAAAAUUCUGAAAUGUUACACUAUUGGAAGCCUUUCAUUAAAACAUUUAGUUGUUCAACCUCCAAAAAUUCAUAAUGAAGACUGUGUUAAUCUAAAGAAUGUCACCAAGCCUUUAAAAGUUAUACCCUGAAAUGACAUACAGCAGAAAAUUCAAUUAGAAAUCAUAUAUAUGUUUGCCAUUGUGCUAUAUUCAUGCCUUGAUGCACACUAGAAAUUCUCUAGAGACCCCAAAGAAGUAACAUUGAAUUUGUCAAAGCCUUUCCCUACUAGACAUCUGGAAAUUCUUCCUGAAGAAAAACCCAAGAAAGUGCUCUCAUAAAAAUACCCUUUUUUUUUCUCCAUUAAAAUAUUCAUUCUGGAGUGAAAACCUGUCAAUGGCAAGAUGAAAGAUGAUCAGAACUUUACAGUGAUAAUCUGUGGCUAUGACAACAUGUAUGCUCAUGGACAGGUAGAAAAUCCUCAAGAAUGUGCAGGAAAAUUAUUUUUUAGUACUCAAAAAAGUUAAAGAAGUAUUUAGUAAAACCACAGAGCAUAGUAAUAGUAAAAGUUUCAUAUACAAAUACUAAAACACAAAGGUUUGAAGGCAUUAGACAAACCAGAAUGCUACAUUAGCAAAUGGUUAUAUGAUAAUUGAUAAAAGUUGCUGUUCCUUCAGGGCUGGUGAACCCAAGACAGGAGUCAAAAAAGUUAGUAGGAACUGACCAUAACCAUCAAAGGACAGACUUAAUGCCAAUUUCAGGUACUCUAUGAGUCAUAGCUCCUUUGCAUACAGAUCCUACACAGAUCAAAGCCCUUUUCAUGAUCUUUCAGUAGUUUUCUUCGUUCCUUAUCAUUUAAAAACAGUUCUUGGCCAGGAAGUGGUUGCACAGACCUUUAAUUCAAGCAUUUGAGUUGGGGAGGGUAGAGGCAGGUAGAUCUCUAUGAGUUUGAAGCUGGCCUUGUCUACAGGUUAAGUUCCAGGACAGCCAAGGCUACACAGAGAGACCCUGUCUCAAAGACAAACAGAACACACACACGCACAUGCACACACACCCCAAUUCUUUCUACUUGAACAGAAUCCUAUCUUGGAAACCCUCCACUUUCAGAAGUUACUCUUUUUACUUGUAAUAAAUACUGGUUGGGAGCAAACCCACUUCUGUUCAUGACACCUGGGAGAUGCAUGAAAGUAUAUUCUGGGAACUACACCAUGUUAUGGAGAAACAGUGUCUUGGAGUUUUCAUAAGCACUUAGAACUCUCCUUACAUAGAUUCAUUCAUGAACCAUGUUAAUGAAAUCUUCUCCUUUUUAUCUUUUGAAUUAAGUAUGUCUAGAGUGGUUUUCAUUCAAGAUAUUGUAGAGAAAUUUAAUGACAAUUUGAUGCAUGAGUAUCCUAUAAAUAAGCAAAUUAUCAACACAAUAAUAAUAGGCCACCGACAGGAUUAUAUGUUAUAAUCUGCCACCAGGAAUGGGAGCAUUUCCUCCUAGUGAUGUAGCUAUUCCAUCAGCCAUAUCCUCGUAAGAAAUAGUUAAUAAGCUAUCUGAAAAUGUUAAAACCAUCAAAACUUAAAUUCCCUUGGAAAUUUGAUGUGUUCCCACAUGUAAUAUUGUUGAUUAGGUUCUGUGGAGGUAAUACAAAAGUAAGUGUAAUUCCAAUCAUAUUUCAUAGACAUUUUUUUUCAUAUUUAUGAUCUGAUCCCCCAACAAUUUAACCAUCUGUUGUAACUCUUUCUACCUCUGAUUCUAUUUAUCAAUGCUUGUUUUACUCAUAAAUUAUGAGAAUCAUGUUACUGUUUUUGUACAAACUGUUACAAUGAUAGUUAUUCCUAUGAUGAGAACAAUAAGCUAUUCAAUAAAAAAUUUUGUCCUUUUUAGAAAUCUA